AUCAGGGUUAAAAGCAAAAGUAUCCCAUAUCAUGGUUGUGAUGUUACGAGUUUGCCGGAUGCAUUGGGUGACUUGAUAUGUUUGAGGUAUCUUGACCUGUCUUACACGCCUAUCGACAUGCUUCCUCGUAGGGCAAGUGGGCUUGUAUCAUUGCAGACUUUAAACUUAAUUGGGUGCUACAAUCUUCGCUAUUUGCCUUUCUUGGGAAAGAUGACCUGCCUCAGACAUCUCAAUCUAACUGGAUGUGAACAAUUAACUGACAUGCCUGCUGGUAUUGAAAGAUUACAUCAACUUCAGACAUUGCCAUUGUAUGUCGCUAGCUUCAGCAGAUCUGAUAUCCUUAAAACUCUGGACCAAUUAAAUCCUUUUCACAAUUUGAACCUUAGUGCUCUGGAACAAUUAAAUCUUUAUGGCAAGUUGAAUCUAACACACUUAGAGACAGUAUGGAAUGCAGUGGAAGCGAAAACAGCUCGGCUAAUGAUGAAGAAAAAUCUCGAUUCAUUGGGAUUAUACUGGGGAGCAUACCAGCGGAGGUCCCAAGAUGUGGACAAAUCAUUGGGGAUAGUACCUAAACGCCGAGAAGCUUCAAUGGUGGGAUUCCAAGUUACACGUGCUGAAGAAAUUCUCAACAGUUUACAGCCACCGAAAAAUAUAAAAAAGCUAGUUAUAAAUGGCUAUCCAGGAAUUAGAUUUGCUGCUUGGGCUCUCCCGGAAUAUGUAAUUGCAGUUGAAAUUGCGAACUGCCAAAAUUGUAGACAUCUUCCAGCCCUUGGGAAUCUUCUGCGGCUUAAGACUCUUUAUCUGCAUGGGAUGCAUGGCGUGAGGAGCAUUGGUACAGAGUUCUACGGUGAUGGUGCAGACAUAAGAUUUUCAUCACUUGAAGAACUAAGACUCAGUGAAUUUCCCAACUUGGAAGAGUGGUCAAGCACAAAUAGCGAAAAUUCAUUCCCGAGCCUGAGGAAAUUAACCGUUAAAAGAUGUCCCAAGCUAGCACAUAUUCCAUCGCCUCAGUCCCUUCAACAUCUAGAGCUGCAAGAUUGUAAUCCAACGUUGACGUCUGUAGGAAGUUUAAGUCUGCUUUCUGUGCUUGUUCUAGAAAACAUACCAGGCCUACUCACUUUCCCAGAAGGGUUCAUUGCAUCAGCUUGUCUGUCUUCUUUGAAGAUCUUGUCCUGUCCCAAGCUUCGUUCACUGCCUUUGCAGAUCAGAAACCUUACUGCUCUGAAUCAUUGACCAUUCGAUGGUGCGAAGAGCUCUUCUCUCUGCCUCAGACUUUACAAAACCUCAAAGCUCUAGAGUCACUGGAGAUUAGUAACUGUCACAGUAUAAUCUCCAUGCCGGAUGGUUGGAUUGGAGGUUUGAGUUUACUUCGAACUUUGUCCAUUGAAAGCUGCACUAAUCUCACUUCUCUGUCAUCAAGCUUGGAAAAGCUCGCGUUGCUUGAGCACUUGACAAUUAUGUUCUGUCCAAAACUUGGUUCUUUUCCAGAAGGUGUUCAACACCUCUCCUCCCUUCGAAGUUUGAUCCUGCUGGGCAAUCCUUGGUUUGAUUCUCUUCCAGAAGGGUUACAAAAUGUGGGAACACUGCACUGUCUCGAAAUUGGUAGCUGCCCCAAUCUAACUGCUUUGCCAGAAUGGUUUGAGGGUCUUGAUUCUCUUAGGUCCUUGACGAUAUCUGAUUGCCCCGGUUUACAAGUAUUGCCACCAGGUUUCAAGAUUCUCACUAAGCUCCAACACCUCUCUAUUCAAGAAUGCCCGGAGCUUGAGGAAAGAUGUAAACAAGGUAGUGGUGAGGAUUGGAUGAAAAUAGCCCACGUCCCACAUAAGUUCAUCGGACCGCCUCAAGCCAGGCAGUCCGGUGAAGCGAGCACAUCUGGCAGCUGAUCUGUUGCUUCAAACAUCUUCUCAGUGAGCAACUUUCAUUUCAUUAUCGUGAACAAGCUUUCAUCAUUAUGCAGCAUGUUUGUAUCCACGGCCAAGAGGCAGCCGGUAUUAAAGAGCUCACAGCUUUCCACUCUACAAUUUAGUAGCAAUCAGCAUGAAAAGACACCACUUGAUUCUACAAUGGAAGUUGGAAUUGUAAGAUGAGGCAGUUAUUAAGUGGAGGAAUUCCCAUACAUGCCAUGAUACGAAGCUCUACAUAAUUUUGGGGUUUCCAUCAAGUUUUGUUUGCUUUUUUCCCUCUCUUUAAUGGCCUAAUUACAUAUUGUAUAUAUUAAGAAUGUUGAAGAGCACUGUGAUUGUGUGUUUUGUGUAUCUCCUUUUCUUUUUGAAAUACUGAGGUUUAUAGCCUUGUGGGAUUUUUGUAAAAACACCUUGUGUUCAUAAGUCUUGAGUGUCAGAAGACUCCCCAGGGCUGGAAGAUGUUCACAAUUUUCCCAGUCGCAAGUUCAACUGAAAUUACAUUUUCUGGGAAAGCCCAAGCAGCAAA